CUCCGCAAGCCCCGGAUAUCCGUGGCACCUUGCUCCUUUCCUCGGUUGCCGAAGCCGAUCUCUCGUUUUGUCCAUGCUUGAUGAUGAUGCGCCUUUCCAGCUCUCACUGAUAAGAAAAGGACAUGCUGUUCCUGAUCACCUUUUUGUCUCGUUGUAACUUGCACCAAAAGCCGAGAUUGAUUGAUACAUGAUGAAUGCUUUGAGGCGUCAAGUGUAUGCUGUGAAUGCACCUAUACAACGAUGUUUCUCGACUUCUAGCCAAAGGCACGCGACCUAUGGCUUCAUCGGCUUGGGUCAAAUGGGCUACCGAAUGGCUCAAAAUCUACGAGCCAAUCUACCGGGUUCCGAUAAGCUCAUUGUUCAUGAUGUGAACAGUCAGGCGACAGCUCAAUUCGCAAAGGACAACGCCAAUGUGGAAGUCGCAGAGGAUGUGAGAGAUGUGGCAGAGAAAUCAGAAACGAUCAUCACAGCACUUCCAGGACCAUCACAUGUGCAAAAUGUCUUCAAAUCAAUGUUGAAACCACCAACACUACUUCGCGACGGCGUGGACCAGGAACGUCUCUUCAUCGACUGCUCGACUAUCGACCCUCUGUCUUCUGCCGAUGUUGCAAAUGCCGCUCACUCAACCGGUCAAGGCAAAUUCAUCGACGCCCCAAUGUCCGGUGGUAUUGUCGGUGCACAAGCGGGAAAGCUUACCUUUAUGAUCGGAGCACCACCAGAACUCGUCGAUCGCGCAACUGAGAUUCUUCUCAUGAUGGGCAAGCGCGUCCUCCAUCUCGGCCCUCAAACCUCUGGUCUGAAAGGCAAACUCGCAAAUAACUAUCUCCUUGCUCUCAACAACAUUGCUACCGCCGAAGCCAUGAAUAUGGGUGUUCGAUGGGGGUUGGACGCCUCUGCUCUCGCCGACAUGAUCAACACGAGUACUGGAAAGUGCUGGCCUAGUGAAGUCAAUAAUCCCGUCCCUGGCGUUCUCCCUGAUGCUCCUGCCAGCAAAGAAUACGCAGGCGGGUUUGGCACUGCUUUGAUGAACAAGGAUUUGAAACUGGCCAUGCAUGCUGCACAGCAAUUCGGCAUUGAGCCUCGACUGGGACCCAUGGCUGCAUCGAUCUAUGCAGCAAUAGAGGGAAAUGCGAAGUACAAGGGUAAAGACUUUUCAGUGGUUUACAAGUACCUUCGUGGAGAAUAGACGGGUUUUUUUUUGUUUCUCUGGACGGCAAAGAGCGUGUACAUGCUGAAUGACUAGCUAGAUAUGUAGACUUUUUUUUCGAAAUUUUCUACCUUGC